CAUCCUUCGACCGACAGACGUGUGUAUCGCGAGUUGAACGUUGAAAAUGAAAAUCGUGUUGUUUUUAAUAAUAUUUGUGCAUGGAAGUUAUGGUGUUAUUUAUAGACUUAAUGAUUCAAUGUACGAUCGAAUGCCUCCACUCUACAAGAUGGACAACUACGAAGGGUGCUUGGAAAAUAGCACAAACCGGUACUGCCUAGUACACUUCACGCUCGUGUCAGAGGAACCAAAUGACCUUUUAUAUAUGAUCCAGGAAUACUCAAUGAAAGAAACUACACAUUUAAACUAUACCUAUCUCAGAUAUGGGCUAUGCCUCAAACAUAAGUGUGAUAAUUAUAAAGGUGACAAAAGUAUCACUUCAAGAGAUCAUCUUGGGACAUGUCUUAACGAUACGUUUUCGAAAAACUACGGAUUAAAAACAGUGAUCACAGACGUUACUUGCGACGCAAUUCAACAUGAGAGGACAAUGAACUUUGAUAUGACAGAUGUGGGUGUUGCAACUGCAUUACUUUUAAUCGUAGCGUUAAAUAUUAUUGGAAGUAUAUAUGACGCUAUUACUGUAAAUGAAAAACAUCAAGAUCAAAAGUUUCUUUUAUGUUUUUCGAUUCGCCAAAACUGGAAGAGGCUAUCUUCAUGUUCAGACGCUGGCGAUGAAAUGAGUCGGUUUCAGGUUUUGUAUAGCAUAAGAUCAUUAAUUAUUAUAGGAGUGAUAUCGUCACAUGUUUUAUUACCCUUUCUUCUCAUAGGAAAGGAAACGAAAGGGAUGGAAGACAGUUACCUCAAUCCAAUUCAAGCGAUGUUUCUAAGUGGGCCAUUGCUGAUACAAACAUACUUUGUGAUGUCAGGCUUCCUGUUAGCCUACAAAAUGCAAAUAUAUUUCAAAAGGAAUAAAGUGAACUUAAUCUUUUUACCACGCCUGAUAUUCUUCCGUUGGUUGAGAUUAACACCUCCAUAUGCAGUACUGCUAGCUUUUAUGGCCACAUGGUUGAGAUUUUUCAAAACGGGCCCAUUUUGGGAGAUCUCAGCUGGCGUGGAGAUAGCUGAUUGUCGGAAUCGAUGGUGGUUUAAUAUACUAUAUAUUAACAAUUACAUAUACCACGCACAGUGCAUGCCGCACAGCUGGUAUAUAGCAGCUGACAUGCAGUUGUACGUCCUAGGUGCAGUAUUGUGUCUAAUACUUAGAUAUAUCAAGAGGCCAAUAAGGAUUUUAUUGCCGCUGUUUCUUGUCGCUCUUUUGGUGCCAGCUGUCCACACUUAUCUGCAGGAUUUAGAUCCCAUGCUGCUUUUAAAACCGACAGGCUGCGGUACAUUCUUCGAUAGCGAUAGAACAUAUAACGAAGUGUACAAAAGAGGCCACACGAAUAUAGUCAGUUUUAUAAUCGGAUUAAGCACGGGAUACAUACUUAUGAAUAUUUGGAAGACCAAAGUUGCAUCUAUCAAAAGAUAUAAGAAAUAUUUCUUCCUACUUUGGUUCAUCAUUCCCAUCGGAGCAGUCUUCAUGUAUAUUGGAGGUUCGGUGUUCUACAGGGACGCACCCCGGGACUCGAUAUAUGUACGAACUAUAUUUGCGAUGAUUUCAAGACCAUUUAUGGGGUUUUUGGCUGGCUUCUUUAUAUUAGGAAUGAUUUUGAAAAUUGAAAGUUUGAAAAUAAAUGACGAUACAUUAAAAGAUCGCAGUAUCAUUCGUACUUGGCGGCAUCGAGCGAAAGACUUUCUCCGCGUGAUAAUGAAUUGGGAUGGCUGGAUGAUACCAGGGAAAUUAUCCUAUUGCGUAUACUUACUACACUUCCCUAUCAUCAGGAUUACCACGUCGGUGAUCACUACACUAAUUCCUUCAUCGCCGCUUUUAAUUAUAGCAGCAUUGAUUGUUCUCACUGUAGUAUCCUUCAUAUUAGCAGUUCCUUUAUCCUUAAUGGUGGAGAUCCCCUUUAUACGUCUCAUCAAGGAAUGCUCUAGACAAACGCCAAAGAUUGGAGACGGAAUAACCACACGACUGUGAAGAGAGAAUAUUACCGGAGGUCUGAAGGGGUCUGAAGGGGUCUGAAGGGGGUCUGAAGUCUGGUCUUAAAAGAUGUUAGACGGUUUUUUUUUGUUUCAAGUCAGACACGUUCAUGGAUAUUCAAGGCAAGUGGAAGUUCGUAAACCAAAUUAUUGUUUCCAGUAAACUAAAACACAAGCAUGACAGCAUGGUUUUGGUGAUUUAGUUAGGAUUUUUUAUUUAUACUGAGUGGGUGUGUGAUAUAAGAUGUAUGCUAAAGUGUGUUUAUAAGAACUACAUUAGGUGUACAUUUCGUCUCAAUAUAUCAUGUAAAAGUACCGUCAAUGAUUUUAUUACGGUUAUAGCGGUAUUGAUAGUACAAUUCUAAGAGUAUGAUGUCCAGUCCAGAACUAGCAUAAAUUUCGGCAUAUGUCAAAUAACCAAAACGUACAGCGCCAAGUACUUUUCUUGACCGGCGGCUGAAAUUAGUAGGUACCGUCGCCAUUUUGAAAUUUGGUGCGUACAAUAAAUAAUUUUACUUUUUAAUAAAAUCCAAAUAGUGUAUUUAUUUUUAUUCCUUGCAUUAUUAAUUACAAUGUCAAGGUUUUAAUUAUCGAACGGUUUUGAUAGCUAGGUAUUUUAAAAGGUAUUAUAUUAAGAGUACAUGAAACAAAGCCUAUCAUAUCAUUGUUCAUAAGUUUGUAUCACAUUUAUUGAAGCUUAUAACUGUAUUUUCUAGAUGUAUUGUAAGGUAUUUAAAUAAAUUGUUAGGUUAGCCUGCAUGACUUCAAAUUAUUCCCCUUAAUGGUUACUUUUUAUUUACUGGCAAUACGAAUCCAUGACAGUGACAUUUCCCGGCGAAGAAAAGUAUGCGUACACUGUAUUAGAUUUUGCGCUAAUACAUUUGACAUCCGAGCAUGUCCAUUCUAAAUCUUGCCCCAAGAUAGCAGGUCUAGAUUCAAGACGCAGAUAAUGAAACUUUAAGCUUAGAAAAGACUUAUUAUUAAUGAGUGAACGCUAAAUGUGUGUAUAUUAUCAUAAGAUAGUAUUAUAAGUUAUUGUACAAAUGAAAACCAACAGGGAUUAUAUGCAUUUUGUUUAGGUAAUUUAUUAGAUGUAUUACCCGCACAGGUAAGACUUAGCACAUUGCUAAGACAUAUUAACGAUAAGAUUUGUUUUUUUUAGCUCGAGUCUUGGUUACUUGGUAAAAUUGAACUUUUGAAUAACAUUUUUCAACAAGUUUUAAGAGCUGCAAAAUGUAUUCAUUUAUAUAUUAGAAGAUGCUUCGCUUGUUUUCUUGAUGGCUUGAUUAUAAUAUUCGUCGUAGCACAAUUCAAUUAUGUUCCGUGAACAAAAUGUUAUCAUUGAUAAAUAAGUUGUAAGAUUGCCUGAUGCUAUAUAUAUCCACCAUACUAUAAACACCUAAUUUAACAAAUGCAUUGUUACUACGAGUAACAUAAAAUCUAAAUAUUAAUUUAUAUGGGUAAGAUAAUUUACUACACUAAGGGCCUAUUUCACAAUGUCCGGAUAAGUUCAAAUAAGCUAUUUGUUACUUAUUGGUAUGAUAAAUAGUAUUUUUGCGUUUCACGAC